UGGGUAGCAGCGAGGAUCCGCCAGGGCUGCGGGCGACGGCUUCAGCCGCACGGCGGGCUGGCCAGGGCUGCGCGCCCGCCUCCGACUCUCAGCAAAAGUGUCUCUGGCCAGGAGGAGCUGAAGUUCUGCAGGACAUCGGUCCGCCCGGGGACUUUGGAUACGGACCUCCUCUACAGUGGUGAGGUCACACCCCUUGGAGCCCUCCCUCUUCCCACCCCUCCCGCUCCCGGGUCUCCUUUGGCCUGGGGUAACCCGAGGUACAGAGGACAGAGAAUGAGGCGAUUGCGGAGGAUGGAGAAAUAGCCCCGGGUCCCGUGGAAAAUGAGGCCGGCGGACCUGCUGCAGCUGGUGCUGCUGCUCGCCCUGCCCAGGGGCCUGGGCAGAAAGGGGUGUUCGUCUCUACCCUGCCAGUGCCAUCAGGAGGAGGACUUCAGAGUCACCUGCAAGGAUAUUCAACGCAUCCCCAGCUUACCGCCCAGUACGCAGACUCUGCGGCUUUUUGAGACUCACCUGAGAACUAUUCCAAGUCAUGCAUUUUCUAAUCUGCCCAAUAUUUCCAGAAUCUACUUAUCUAUAGAUGCAACUCUGCAGCAGCUGGAAUCACACUCCUUCUACAAUUUGAGUAAAGUGACUCACAUAGAAAUUCGGAACGCCAGGAGCUUAACUUACAUAGACCCUGAUGCCCUCAAAGAGCUCCCCCUCCUAAAGUUUCUUGGCAUUUUCAACACUGGACUUAAAAUGUUCCCUGACCUGACCAAAGUUUAUUCCAUUGACAUAUUCUUUAUACUUGAAAUCACAGACAACCCUUACUUGACAUCAAUCCCUGUGAAUGCUUUUCAGGGACUAUGCAAUGAAACUUUGACACUGAAGCUAUACAACAAUGGCUUCACUUCAAUCCAAGGACACGCUUUCAAUGGGACAAAGCUGGAUGCUGUUUACCUAAACAAGAAUAAAUACCUGACAGUUAUUGACAAAGAUGCAUUUGGAGGAGUAUACAGUGGACCAACCUUGCUGGACGUGUCUCAUACCAGUGUCACUGCCCUUCCAUCCAAAGGCCUGGAGCACCUGAAGGAACUGAUAGCAAGAAACACUUGGACUCUUAAGAAACUUCCACUUUCCUUGAGUUUCCUUCACCUUACACGGGCUGACCUUUCUUAUCCAAGCCACUGCUGUGCUUUUAAGAAUCAGAAGAAAAUCAGAGGAAUCCUUGAGUCUUUGAUGUGUAAUGAGAGCAAUAUACAGAGCUUGCGCCAGAGAAAAUCUGUGAAUGCCUUGAAUAGCGCCUUCUACCAGGAAUAUGAAGAGAAUCUGGGUGACAACAGUGUUGGGUACAAGGAAAAGUCCAAGUUCCAGGAUACUUCUAGCAACGCUCAUUAUUAUGUCUUCUUUGAAGAACAAGAGGAUGAGAUCAUUGGUUUUGGCCAGGAACUCAAAAACCCCCAGGAAGAGACCCUACAAGCUUUUGAUAGCCAUUAUGACUACACUGUGUGUGGGAACAAUGAAGACAUGGUGUGUACCCCCAAGUCGGAUGAGUUCAACCCAUGUGAAGACAUAAUGGGCUACAGCUUCCUGAGAAUUGUGGUGUGGUUUGUUAGUCUGCUGGCUCUCCUGGGCAAUGUCUUCGUUCUGCUUAUUCUCCUCACCAGCCGCUACAAAUUGAAUGUCCCCCGCUUUCUCAUGUGCAACCUGGCCUUUGCAGAUUUCUGCAUGGGGAUGUACCUACUCCUCAUUGCCUCUGUAGACCUCUACACUCACUCUGAGUACUACAAUCAUGCCAUUGACUGGCAGACAGGCCCUGGGUGCAACACAGCUGGUUUCUUCACUGUCUUUGCAAGCGAGCUGUCUGUGUACACACUGACGGUCAUCACCCUGGAGCGCUGGUAUGCCAUCACCUUCGCCAUGCGCCUGGAUCGGAAGAUCCGCCUCAGGCACGCAUGUGCCAUCAUGUUUGGGGGCUGGGUUUGCUGCUUCCUUCUUGCCCUGCUCCCUUUGGUGGGAAUAAGUAGCUAUGCCAAAGUCAGCAUCUGCCUGCCCAUGGACACUGAGACGCCUCUGGCUCUGGCAUAUAUUGUUUUUGUUCUUACACUCAACAUAGUUGCCUUCGUCAUUGUCUGCUCCUGUUAUGUGAAGAUUUACAUCACAGUCCGAAAUCCACAGUACAACCCAGGGGACAAAGAUACCAAAAUUGCCAAGAGGAUGGCUGUGUUGAUCUUCACUGACUUCAUGUGCAUGGCCCCAAUCUCGUUCUACGCUCUGUCAGCAAUUCUGAACAAGCCUCUCAUCACUGUUAGCAACUCCAAAAUCUUGCUGGUCCUCUUCUAUCCACUUAACUCCUGUGCCAAUCCAUUCCUCUACGCUAUUUUCACCAAGGCCUUCCAGAGGGAUGUGUUCAUCCUACUCAGCAAGUUUGGCAUCUGUAAACGUCAGGCUCAGGCAUACCGGGAGCAGAGGGUUCCUCCAAAGAACAGCACUGAUGUUCGGGUUCAAAAGGUUACCCAGGACAUGAGGCAGAGUCUCCCCAACAUGCAAGAUGUCUAUGAACUGCUUGAAAACUCCCAUCUAACCCCAAAGAAGCGGGACCAAAUCUCGGAAGAGUAUAUGCAAACAGUUUUGUAAGCUGACACUACACUAACCACAACGGUGGGGGAACUUACAAAAGAAUCGUUUUUUAAAUAUGCAUUCUAAUCCCAUGACACCCCCAACACCCAUCUGCCCUCACUCCUGUGCACGUAGUAUUUCAAUGUUUCAUGGGGCAAGAGUUUAUCUCUGGAGAGUGAUUAGUAUUAACCUAAUCAUUGUCUCCAAGAAGGAAGUUAGGCCACCAGAAUGUUUGAAUCCCAGGUGAAAUCAAAAUACUCUUCUUUGUGGAAGAAUUUCUUGAUGUUAAGUCCAGAGAUGACGUUGUGUAGGAUGUUCAGUAACUAUUAACUGAGCCAUGUCAAUAUACAGCUUCUCAGUUUUGUAUAGCAUUUCAUACUAAAGAUUCAGCAAAUGGAAAAUGCUAUUAAUUUGGUUGGUGACCACAAGAUAAAAUCAGUCCCAUGUUGGCUCAGUUUGACUUGAUAUUCUGAUGCAAGGAGAAUUUGAUUUUCUUAAAACUGAAA